AUGGCAGAUAUAGAAAAUGAAUUUGUAACAUUAGUAUCAUCAGAUAAUUUUAAAUUUAUAAUACUGAAAGAAGUUGCAUCAAUAUCUUCAGUAUUAAGAAAUUCUCAAGGUUUUGAAGAAGGUAAAACAGGUAAAAUAGAUUUAGAUAUGGAAGGUGAUAUAUUAGAAUGUAUUAUUGAAUAUUUAUAUUAUCAUUUCAAAUAUAAAGAUAUAGCAGAAAGUGGUGAUGUACCUGAAUUUAAUAUACCAACUCAUUUAGCAUUAGAAUUAUUAGUUAAAGCUGAUUAUUUAGAUAUAUGA